CGUAGUUGCCGCCGCCAACAUAUUUGGAGUCAGUCGCCGCCGCAGUUAAUAUUUGUUGGCGCAGGGCUCUGUGCCUUGUACAUUUUUUUUGUUUGGGGUGAAUUAUUUUCAUUUGUUUUCAUCGAAUCCAAAUAAAGAAAAUAUAUUUCUUCUAUUUUGAAAUGAUAAGCACCUUAAAUUUUGUCAAAAACUUACGACGUUAUGCCACUGACCACAGAAUAAUACAGAGAGUGCUAUCGAAUGAAUUAAGGGAAGCAUUUAAUAGUCGUACAUAUCAUCAUCAACUUUAUGUUUUAAGGGAAAUUCGAAGGUUAAAGACGUAUGUGGAGGAAAGAAAAGCUAGUUCCAGAUUCCAAACGUUAACGAAUAUUAGAUCUUCAUCAUCUGCAACUGAGAAAGGGAGUGAUAUUGAACUUAAUGUAAAACAUGAUCCUGAUGAAAGAAAAUUUUACGUUGACGUGGAAGGUGUUGGUAGCUCAUAUAUAGAAUACGAUAGAAAUGAAGAGUUGAUUAUUAUAAAGCACACAGAGGUACCGAGAGAAUUAGAAGGUCGGGGAAUUGGAAAAAUGCUAGCAAAGGUCAGCUGGUCAUUCAAAUACACUAUCUAAAAAUUGUUUACUUCCACUCAUUUUCAAUUGAUCUCUGAUCUCAAAGUUGCUUUGGAAUAUGUGGCCAGAAACGAUUUGCAGCUAGAAAUAAAAUGUCCUUUUGUUCGUAACUAUGUUUGUAAAUAUGAACCAAAGUACAUAAAAUAUAUACAAAAAUAAAAUUAUAUUUUAAGUAAACGCUAAUUAGUCUUUGAAAACGCGAAAUAUUAUUAGUGUGUACUGUAAGUAUGUUGGAUACGGAUGAUUUUGAAAGCCUCUUACUAUACUAUGGACGAUCAGAGUAUUUCCAUAUUAUGCAGAAAACUGCCUUAGACGGAUUGGCACGCUUUCCGUCACAUAUUGUGUUUAGACUUUACAAUGGUAUUGCACUAGUGUUGGGAAAUCGGCUGCAAGAGGGAAUACGUGAAUUGAAUCCUUUAAAGAAUGACUCAGAUCUUGGAAUUGGCGCAAUUAUUGCUCUACUUUAUGCACACAAAAACUGCAGUGUGGUCGAUCGCGAUGCAAUUGGAGUUCUUGAAAAACGAUUAACGGAUGACCUUAAAAAGGGAAGUGCAAUUGGAUUUUACAAUGCAGCAGUAUUCCUUUUCUUAGCAAGGAAGUAUGAAAAGGCUCGCGAAUAUGUUGAUAAAGCAUUAAAACUCGAUAGUCAUCACGAGUAUUCUAUUGUGUUAAAAGCAUGGACGGAAAUGUGUCAAGCUGUCGGCCCCGUUAGUGGAAAUAUAUUAAACACCCUUGAACACGUAUUGGCUAAAAGCAGCAAGAAUAUUGAUUCAUGUUUAGCCCUAGUGAAAUAUUAUCAACUAAGAGGUGAAUUUGAGAACGCCAUUAACAACUUGAAUAAACUUUCCGUGCGAUUUCCGGAACUUAAUAUUCCCUUAAUUGAGAAAAUGAACACUCAUCUAGCAGUUUUAGAUUGGGAUCAUGCUUAUGAGACGGCUUUACGUAUAAUAAACUUGGAGCCUACUAAUAUACCGGCUUUACAGGUAAAGGCACUAUUGUUGAUUACACGAGAGGGAAACAUGAAGGGUGGUAUUUCUACUCUGCAACAAUUACUAGUUGCUACAGAGCGUGUAGAGUCUAGCAAUUCGAAAAUUAUUUUGAAGAUAUGUCAGCUAUUUGCUCACAUAAGUUCACGCAAUGUGGAACUAUUGUCGCUAACGCUACGAUUUAUUGACAAGCUUAUUCAAGCUAAUCCAUCGGGCGUAGAAUACAUUGUUGAGUUGGGAAAUGAACGUAUGCUAUUGGGAAAUGUCAAAGAGGCGGCGAUAUGCUAUCGCUCUGCAAUUAAAAUAGACAGCAAUAACUUUAACGCCCUUUGCGGACUUACUGCUUGCCAGUUGUUAGAACACGGGUGUACUGAGCAGACUCAACAGCAAGUUGAAUUUUUGAACGAGCUACGACCAGGAGACAGUGAUCCAUUGUUAUUAUUUUUACGUGCGAAAAUUACAUCUAGAAGUGAUCAAGCCAUUGCACUUUUGAUCAAAGCAACGGAAAUUCAUAUGAGCAAGUUGGAAAGUCACGCUUUUGGACCAGAAUAUGCUCACAUUAUGAAUCCAGAAUUUUUAUUACAGAUUACAGCUGAAUUUUUACACCAUUCACCGGUCCAAGUUAACAUAAAGCAUGGACUCAAUUUAUCUCAAGACACGUUGCAUAUAACACUUAAACAUUGUAUGACUAUAUUAGAUAAUAUUCUUAAGUUUUGUCCUUCACAUAUACAGGCAAUAUUCAUGAGGGCCAAGGUACAUUUCUUGUGUGGUGAAGUGGCUAUGGCAGCAACAAUAUUGCAAAAAAUUCUCAAUGAUAUUGAUGUAACAUAUACGGAUGCAUACCUCUUAUUGGCUCAGAUCCAAAUGCAGCAGCAACAGUAUUCUAAGGCACUGCAGUCUCUUGAGUUAGCCCUAUCAUAUAAUUUUGCAAUUCGAGAAAAUCCUCGAUAUUAUUUACUCAUGGGAAUUGGACAGCGUCAUCAACAGCAGUACACGGAGGCUCAAAAAAGCUUUAUAUCAGCCAUGCAUUUGGUUGGCAAUGAAACUUCACUGCCAGAACGCAUUCAGUCGCCUAACAGCCGAGCUCGAACUGAGUUGCUCAGUAAUUUUACUGUCGCUGAUAAGGUUACCCUGUAUCUGGAAUUGAUAAGCACUUAUAAGGAUAUUGGCGACAGUCAGGGUGUUUAUGAGAGCGAACGUCUAUUACAAUGUGCUAUGGAAGAAUUCAACGAAACAUCUGAAGAAGGACGUUUAGUUAUUGCUCAUGCUGAAUUUAUGCUACAAAACGCUAACGUCAAUAAGGCCAUUGAUCUUUUAUCAGCCAUACAGCCAGGUCAAUCUUAUUACAUUCAGGCUAAAACACAUUUGGCAAAUAUACAUUUGCAAUAUCGUAAAGACCGUAUCGCGUUUGCAAGGUGUUUCAAAGAACUGGUAGAAAAUUGUCCUGAAUCUGAAAGUUAUUUAAUGCUGGGAGAGGCGUACAUGUCUAUUCAAGAGCCAGAUUUAGCUGUUGAGGCAUAUCAAAAGGCAUUAGAGUUAAAUCCACAUGAUUCCCAUUUAGCUAGUAAAUUGGGUCGAGCCUACGUUAAAACACAUCAAUAUGUGAAAGCUAUACAAUUUUAUCAAGAGGCACUAAAAAACCAAAAUCAUGAAUGUUUAAACCUAAAUUUAGCCGAACUUUUUCUAAAGUUAAGACAGUUUAAAAGCGCUGAAGAAGUUUUAACAAAAAAUGAAGAUCAAAAACAAAUAGAGUUGUUGGACAUUGAUGGACUACAAUUGAGAACUAAGCGACUUCUAUUAUUAGCUCGCGUUCACGAAAAAGCUGGAAAUAAAAGUAUUGCUAUGCAUAUUCUUAAAGAGGCUAAAGAAAAUCAAUAUAGAAUACAGAAGCGAAUCAGUGUUGAUCAAUCUGGAAGCAUAGAGGAGCAAAAUAAAACAUUGUCCAAAAUUUGUUUGCUUAUGGCACAACAUUCCAUUAAUUUGAGAAAUAAUGAGCAGGCAUUAUCUUGUUUCAAAGAAUGCUUAAAAUAUACACCGAAUGAUAUUGAGGUAUUGACAUCGCUCGGUCGCCUUUACAUGCAAAUGAAUGCAAUGGAAAUGUGUCGCGACGUGUGUCUGCAAAUUUUGCAGAUUGAUAGUAACCAUGAAGCAGCAUCUGUGAUGAUGGCCGAUUUGUCGUUUCGAAAAAUGGAUUUUGAAAAUGCUGCUUACCACUUUUCACAGUUGUUGUUGGCCCAACCUUGUUAUUGGACCGCUUUAGCUCGUUUAAUUGAAGUUAUGAGACGCUCGGGUUCAUUGCUGGAUGUUAUGCCAUUUCUACAGCGGGCAGAGCAAGGAACUCAAAAUCCCAACCAAGCUCCGGGACUUAAUUACUGCAAAGGAUUAUAUGAAUGGUAUAAUGGAAAUCCGAAUGGUGCACUGAGAUACUUUAAUGCGGCACGAAGGGACUUUGAAUGGGGUCCUCAAGCGAUAUUUAAUAUGAUUGAAAUUUGUAUCAAUCCGGAUGGAGACAUUCCAAAUGGUUCUGAUAUAUUAGAUAAUGGUGACAGUGGAGACUUUAGUGAUGCUCGUGCUAUAGCACUACGAACUGCUGACAGACUGCUCAAAGAAUUACGUCCUCGACCAAUUGGUUUAGACAAUGAGACACUUAAUCAUCGAUUGUUACAGAACUUUUUAAAAUUGGCAUCAAAGCAAAAAUUUCAAAUCGAAUCCGCCCUUCAGGAUUUUACCGAAUUGGCAGGUCGUGAUGAGUUUCAGUGUUCUGUCGGACCAAUUUUAGGCAUGGCAACCGGUCUCGUACAGUUAAAACAAACACAAAGGGCUAAAAAUCAUUUAAAACGUUUAGCUAGAGUUAGUUGGAAUUUUGAGGAGGCUGAGUAUUUAGAGCGUAGCUGGCUUUUAUUGGCUGAUAUUUAUGUCAACGCCAACAAAUGGGAUGUCGCUGAAGGUUUGGUUGAUAAAGUUCUACAACAUAACAAGUCGAGUGCAAAGGCAUACGAACUAUCUGGGUAUAUAGCUGAAAAAUCUCAAAAUUAUAGAGAGGCUGCAAAAAAUUACAAUAAUGCAUGGAAUUGCUGUGGACGUUCUAAACCUCAUAUUGGCUAUAAACUGGCUUACAAUCAUAUGAAAAUCAAACGAUUUGCAGAUGCUAUUGAAAUUUGUCAACAAGUCCUUAAACUACAUCCAGAUUACACUAUAAUUCGUAAAGAUAUUCUUGAGAAAUGUCGAAAUAGCUUAAGACCUUAAGUAAUAAGUCAUAACAGGCUUGAUUUUAAUUCUUUUGCUUAAAAGCAAAGGACUUUUAUUCGUUUACGAUAUCGAAUACAAAAAAGUCUAAAUUAAUAUAUUAAAAACGUAAAAAAGCGUAUCUGAACUUUUAUAAAAUAGUAGAGUUAUUAAUCGUUCCAUCUUGCGAACGAUUUAUAAAACAACGGCCGAUUUACUGCUUACGUGACCUGAAAAAAAUUAUUGUAAUAUUUCUUUUUUAGAUGAUGACAUUCGAUAUCGAACAAGAAAUCUCAGACAUUACGAUAUAUGUAAGUACGAUCACGUAUGCCGUAUUUCGACCGCUUUUCUUUAAUGAAAUCUGCAUUUCUACAUAUUUGUUCAAAAUUAUUAGAUAUGGAAGCUUUAAAAAAUAAGCGCAAUUUUAUGCAAAAUAUCUAACAUUCACCUUUUAUAUUAGAAAACAAACAAAUGUAAAAUAUUAAACCAAUAAAACAUAAGUUAAUUAGCACUCCGCA